AGCGCUUGCACCCGGAAAUGACAGACAAAACAUCGAGAGAAACAAUUUAUUUACAUAAAUGUAUUUCAAUGCACGAGAUUUGAGACAUAGUGUUAUAUGUUAUCAUUUAAUAUUUGUUUAUCUGUUAACUUAUUCAGAAUGUUUAAAAACAUGUUUAAAUCCGGCUGUUUAGUGCGAACUGCACAUGUAAUUCUGACCUGGCUCACAACGUUGGUACUAUUUCUUCAUAACACAGAUCUACGGAGAUGUCAACAGAGAGGAGAUCUCUUACAACCUGUGAUAUUCAGCUCUUUAGUUCUGCUGUCAGUGCUGCUGUACUUCACAGUGUCUCUCAUGGAUCCUGGUUUUGUUCGAUCUGACCAAGACGCAAAGGGAACUACAGUUGAUGAUGAUGAUGAUGAGGAACUAGAGAAGAUGAUUCCUCAAGAGCAAAGUUCAUUCAAGCAGCGACGAUGUGGUUACUGUUUCCUACUGCAACCAAUGAGGGCACGGCAUUGUAAAGUGUGUAAGCAGUGUGUAAGGCGUUUUGACCAUCAUUGCCCCUGGAUUGACAACUGUGUUGGAGAGAGAAAUCACAAAUGGUUCCUGCUGUAUUUGUGUGUGCAGUUUGUUGCUGUAUCUUGGGGACUACAGGCUGCAUGGUCUGGCAUCGUAUUUGCCCCCACAUGGCAGCAGUGGUUCACUCAAAAUGGCUUCCUGCUCGGGGCACUUGGAUUGACAGGGGUGUUUACUGUAGUCGUCUUACUUCUGCUGGGCAUUCACGUGUACCUGGCGUCCGUUAACACCACCACCUGGGAGUUCAUGUCACGACAUCGCAUCUCAUACCUCAAACACUGCGACACGGAGGACAACCCCUUCGACAGAGGAGUGAUAUGCAACCUGUGGGACUUUUUCUGCAUCUGUGGGACUGUGGCGUGGGAGAGAAUCUACAUUAAACGAACUAAUGGAAUCGUAUGACAAAAAAACUAGGGGCUCUGGUGGGAUUUUAUCAACAUUUUACGUUGAGUCUCAUUAUAUACUGUAGGCCCGACAGAGCACUUUGAUGUUAUUUUACACUGAUUUAGUGUGUGAUUUUCAGUACUGUUCUCAAGGCCCCAAGGGACUAAAUCAUCCAGGGAGAAGUACAAUGUUGAUAACAAAACUGUCUGUUAAUAAUUUUGUAACUUAAUUACUGGGUGGGUUUCUAAUCGAUUAAAAGUUGUUUUGGUGUAUUUUCGAUUAUUUUUACUCGUAAGUUGUAGGAUGUUUAUCUGACAGAUUGUUCUGUUUAUAUUUGGGCAGUUUCCCGACAGGGGUUAGACUAGUCCUAGACUAAAAUAAUGAGCUGUCCAAACUGCAAACAACUUGCACGGACAUAUCUUGAAAUACAUCAGUGCCCUUUGGUUUGCCUCAAAAUGCACACAAGUAAUGAUUUUAGUAAGGCAUGUUUGUUAAAACUAGUUAUAUUUCCUAAUUAACCUAAGGCCUAGUCCUGUCUGCCUCAUAAAGAAUACAGUUUUACAGUUUACAAGUUUCAAAAGUUAAACCUUACUAGUUUGUUAUUGACAUUUUGAAAAUAAAAUAAACUUUUGUACAGAAUUAUAAGUCUAUUUUUACUAUCAGGUGUACAAAGUUUUGUAGACAUUUUGUAGGAUAUAAGACAGAAAUGUCACUUGUGACCCGGUUCUCUGAAAGAAUAAAACAAGAAGACACAACUUUAUGGAGAGGGGGGGUUCCCAGACAGGGCUUAUCCUAGUCCCAAACUAAAAUGCAUGUUUGAGCUGCUUUAAUUUAAAACCAUUUUGCCCUGACAUAUCUUAUAACAUACAUUAGUGCCAUUGUUUUGUCUCAAGAUGCACACCAGUAUUGUUUUUUUUUUUUAAAGUUAUGUUUGUAAAAACUACUUAAAUGUUCUAAUAUAACUAAGACCUAGUCCUGGUUUAACCUAAACCCUGUCUGUGAAACCGCCCUUACAAAUCAUAAAUUUAAAUUAAUCCCAGUUGAUAAUUGGUAAGCAGUUAUGGGCAAUGACUUAAUAAUGCCUGACUCAAAGUAAAGUUUUGUAACUAAGGGGCAGUUUUUCAGACAGGGUUUAGAUUAAUCCAGGACUAGGCCUUAGUAAUAGGAUAUUUAAGUAGUUCUUACAAACAAACCUUACAACAAAAGGUACAGGUGUGCAUCUAGAGCCAAACAAUGGCACUGAUAUACACUACCAGUCAAAAGUUUAGAAACACUCGCUCUUUAUUUAUAUUUUUUCCACAUUACAAAAUAAUCAUAAACUCGUCCAACCUAUGGUAAAAAGACGUCUUUUCCUUCAGUGUUCUGUCAAUGUCAUCUAUUUUAAAGGUAAUAUUUUAAAGGGGCCAUGUCACAAGACUUUUAAGAUGUAAAAUAAAUCUUUGGUGUCCCCAGAGUAUAUAUGUGAAGUUUUAGCUCAAAAUACCAUAUAGAUAAUUUAUUAUAACAUGUUAAAAGUGUCCUUUAAAUGCAAAUGAGCUGAUCUCUGCAGUGCUGUGGUUGGAUAGUGCAGAUUAAGGGGCGGUAUUAUUCCCUUCUGACAUCACAAGGGAAGCCAAAUUUCAAUGACCUAUGGUUUACCAAAACUACGUUACUGGGUUGUUCUUUUUCACAUUUUCUAGAUUGAUAGAAGCACUUGGGACCCAAUUAUAGCACUUAAACAUGAAAAAAGUCAUGAUAUGUCCCAUUUAAGAUAUGUCAGGGCAAAGUGUUUUUAAAUGAAGGCAGCUCAAACCUGCAUUUAAGUCUGGGACUAGAAUAAGCCCUGUCUGAGACACUCCCCCAAAAAUCCAGUCUCAUUUCUCCCAUCACAUUAAGUCAAUAUUAAUUAUUAUCUGAUAAGUUUUCCUUUUGACAAAGUAAAUAUUUGCAGCAUUUUUGUAAUAAAUAAUGUUUACAUAAAAAGACACAACUUUAUAUGAAACCUUUAUAUUUAUGUAAAUAUUAAUGUAACCAGUAGUUUAAAACAAUAAAUAAAGUUUUACAUAUUAUAAAUUUCAGUUACUGCGAGAACACAUUUUAAAUAAAGUUUACAAGGUAAAAAUGUAAAAUAAUACAGGUUUAUACUAAUUAAUAAGGCCAGUUCUUUUAUUAUGUAUGUGGUCUAGAACCAUUUUACUUUCAUUAGCUGACAUGUUAUGAGAGCAUCGUUGAAAUCCCGCCCUUUCUGCAGCGGCUUCACGUCACGCCCCGGAUCCCCUGGCGCUGUCCAAUCAGUGCGCAGGAUCGGGGACGAGCGCAGAGCGCGGCGGGUUGUUCUGGAAGGGGCGGAGUUCAUUUUUCGAGCUCGUGUGGGGCGCGUUCUGUCCGAAAGAGAGCGCGUGAGAAUUUGCGUUCGCUGUUAAGUUUGUGUGUGUGCUCACUUACUUCUGUUCUGCUCCUGAAUAUUAGAACCUCCACAGAGCGAGUUUUAGGAGAGUGACCUCCUUUUGCCUCGAGGAGUUUGAACGCCUUGAUUCUCACUGAAAACUCUCGUCGUGAUCAGUGAAAUCAUGUCUGCAUCAGCGGCUAAAGUCAGUAAAAAGGAACUCAACUCGAACCACGAUGGAGCGGACGAGACCUCGG